AUGGCCACGAACGGAUACUUGGAUGGUUUCGUCACCUGGCCUCUCCGUCGUAUUGUGCUUCAUAGACCGAUCUAUCCCCGUACCUGCUAUGCGCGUCUCUCGGGGGCGAUGAGACGGCGCGACGAAUUCAUCCGCUAUCUACCACUACCUGCCGUCAAGUCUGUUCCAUGUCACAAAAAAUGCCUGGCUCUUCGAGUCUACGAAGUAGGACGGGCGAACCUGGUCGCCAAGGCCCGGUUAACGUGCCUUGCCAUGCUGAGUACAGUUUUGGGGACAUUGGACACUAGCCCUCGACCGGACAACUCGUUGUUUACCCACUCGCAUCCGAUUUCUCCUCGUUCUUCCAGGAAUAUUAAUACCUCAACCCUACGCGACUGCAAAAGCACGAGCGGUUCUUUUCAGCUAUUAUCGUCGGAGAAGGGGAAGGAGCAUGACCAGCUUGACACUCUUCAUAUGUCUAAAGCAUGGGGCGAAUGCGCCUUGGUAUCCUACCUCUGCGCCAGACACUUGGUGUAG